CCUAUUUUAGAUAAUAUCACCAUCAAUGGUUGUUGUUUUUAUGAUGAAACUAUUGUAUGUAUGUUUACAGGGAGAUCAAGUUUUGGUGUUGUGUAGGAAAGGAUUUGAACAAAUUACAGAAGCUAUCGAGUAUAUUAAACUCAAUUUACCACAAGUCACAAACUAUAAUAGAAACUCUCAUGUAGCAUUGUUAAGAAGAAUCCUUGUAAAAGAAGAAUACACCACAACCAGAUUGAAUGGUAGAAUCCUCAAGCCAAAGUACCGCCGACGUAGGCGGAGACGUAGGCGUAGGCGGCGCCGCCCUCGUCAACCAUGGACAUUCGGCCCUACACCAGCAAGUGCUCCAUCUCCCCCAUUAACUCCAAUUAAGGCCCCUCCUCCAACCCUGCCUCCUAGAGGGGCCGCACCUCCAACCCCACCUUCUGGAGGAGCCCCGCCUCCUACAGGGACCCCACCUCCAACCCUGCCUCCUAGAGGAGUUGUGCCUCCAGCCCCACCUUCUAGAGCAGACCCGCCUCCUACAGGGACCCCACCUCCAACCCUGCCUCCUAGAGGGGCUGCGCCUCCAACCCCACCUCCUACGAGUACCCUACCUCCAACCUUGCCUCCUAGAGGGGCCACACCUCCAUCCCCACCUUCUAGAGGAGCCCCGCCUCCUACAGGGUCCCUACCUCCUAGAGGGGCCACACCUCCAUCCCCACCUUCUAGAGGAGCCACGCCUCCUAUAGGGACCCCACCUCCAAUCCUGACUCCUAUACGGGCCCCGCCUCCAACCCCGAUUCCUAGAGGGGCCCCACCUCCAACCCCAACUCCUAAAGGGGCCCCGCCUCCAACCCCGAUUCCUAGAGGGGCCCCGCCUCCACCUCCGACCCUAACUCCUAAAGGGACCCCAACUCCUAAAGGGGCCCCACCUCCAAUCCCGAUUCCUAAAGGGGCCCCACCGCCAACCCCGACUUAUAAUGGGAGCCCCUCUCUAUCACCAACUAAUGACAGCGGGCUGUCUCCAUCACUGGCCCCGCCAGGGACUCCCAAUAAGCCUGGACCCCCAAGGCAUGUGCCUAACAGGCCUCCAUCUCUAACACCGACCCCUAAUCCAUCUCUGAGACCUGGACGUUUUCCCAAGCCUUCACCAAAACCGUUACCUGAUAUGGAUCCUUAUCCCGAGGAAAAGACCGAAAAGCCCCUUGAUUCGCCGCAAAAAGGCAGUGGCAAGGAGCGCAAAUUGUUGAUCAUUGCUAUAUCUUCAAGUGUAGUGGCAGCUUUAGCUAUUCUCUCAUUAUUUUUGGUUUGCUUCUUUAGACUAAGAAAGAGAAGGAAGCCUGAUGAUGGAAGAAGGGAAGGAGGGCUUCUUGCUACUGGUUCUUUAUCAAGAUCGAAAAAAGUUGGAGGUACAAGAGAUGGGAUGCAAAAUUUAUCAACCAAAGGUGCUUCCAUGCCCCGAGAUCAAGUAUCAGAGGAUGGAUCAUUACCAUUACAACCAGGAAGAACUGUUCCUCCACCAUCACCGCCACCACCGCCUCCAACACCACCGCCGCCGCCGCUGCCACCAGCGCCACCCCCACCACCACCACCUGCCCCUGAGGAACCCCUACCACCAGCCCCGCCACCACCACCCCUGAAGGCUGCUAAUGUGCCUAAUCCACCAAUGGCAAAGCCACGUCCACCUGGAGGGCGCUCUGGAAAUGAAGACGACGAAAUUGGAGAUUCUGAUGCCAAUAAAACAAAGUUAAAACCGUUUUUCUGGGAUAAGGUGAAUACUAGCCCUAACCGCUCAAUGGUGUGGCAUGAUAUCAAAGCCGGAUCAUUCCAGUUCAAUGAGGAGAUGAUGGAAAAUCUGUUCGGCGCUUCGAGUGGUCAAAACAAGAAUGAGAGUGGAAAAACCGCAACUGUCUUACCAAACCAACCCAAAUUGAUUCAGAUUAUCGAUCCCAAAAAGGCACAGAAUUUGGCUAUUCUUCUAAAAGCAUUAAAUAUAACAAUGGAAGAAGUCUCUGAUGCCAUUAUGGAAGGUAAUGAGCUUCCUGUCGAAUUUAUUUCAACUUUGUUGAAAAUGGCACCGACCCGUGAAGAAGAACUAAAACUUCGGACAUAUAACGGGGAUCUUGCGCUUCUUGGCCCUUCGGAACGCUUUCUUAAAGUAUUGGUUGAUAUCCCAUUUGCAUUCAAACGUCUUGAAGCUUUGUUGUUUAUCGCUUCACUUCAUGAGGAAUCCUCUUCCAUUAAAGACUCGUUUGCAACUUUAGAGGUAGCUUGCACAACCCUAAGAAACAGCAGGCUCUUCCUGAAACUUCUAGAAGCAGUUCUUAAGACAGGGAAUCGUAUGAACGUCGGUACGUAUCGUGGCGGGGCCCAGGCAUUCAAGCUCGACACACUUUUAAAGCUCUCGGAUGUCAAAGGCACAGAUGGCAAGACCACACUGUUGUCUUUUGUGGUCCAAGAAAUGAUCCGGACCGAAGGUAAUAAAGCUGCCCGGAGAGCAAAGAGUAGUUCAUCCGAAGACGUUCUACAUCAAGAAGCCCCGGAAGAAUACCGGGGAUAUGGCCUCGAGGUUGUUUCCAAGUUAAGCGAGGAACUUGAUAUUGUUAAAAAGGCAGCACUUAUUGACGGUGAGACCCUGACAUCAACUGUUUUGAAACUAGGAAAUAUGUUAAGGAAGACCAAAGAUUUUGCAAAUAAUGAAAUGAAAACCUUCGAGGACGGUAGCCAGUUCCAGAAGUUUCUUACGGAGUUUGUGGGUCGAGCAGAAGCCGAGAUCAUGUGGUUGUUGGAAGAGGAGAAGCGGGUGAUGGCCCUCGUUAAGAACACGGGUGAUUAUUUCCACGGAAAGUCGAGAAAAGACGAAGGCUUACACUUGUUUGUUGUUGUACGCGAUUUCUUGCUACUUUUAGAUAACGUGUGCAACGAUAUAAGAAGAACAACCGCUAUGCAAGCAAAGAAAAACCAAUCUAACUCAACUGAAGAACCGUUCGGGCGUGAUAAACUGUUUCCGUCAAACAAAGGUAGUCCAUCGGGUUAUACUAGUUCGGAUGAAGAGAGCCAAGAGAGUGAAUCUCCGUAGUUUUUG